CAAGGAGUAGGAAAAUGAUAUUAAUAAUAAUUCAUUAAGGUUGUCAAAGGUUAUUUAUCUGGUGUAAAGAAUGCUAUGAAGUGGUAAUGCAUCUGUUGAAAUGAUUAGUGUUAUUGCAUUUCAUCUCGCCUUGCUCCCUGAUAAUAAAAUUUCCCUAUCUUCUUCCGCGACAUGGACGACAUUACAUGUCUUUCUUUGUUUCUCCCGGCACGUGCCCCUCUCCCGGAAUUAAUUUCUCUCCCGUCAUCGAUUCUUCACACGGACAGUGGUCAGGGAAUAAGCCGUGAUUAACCAUAAAAUCUCCAGAUUAAUAAUAUUUGCAUAGCGAAAUUGGAUUUACUAAGAUAUUUACUGACACAAAGGACCAAAAAACUGCUAUAUUUUAUGGUAAUUUUGGGGGGAAUUUUUUUUUGCAAAAACAGAGGUCCCCCUAAUCUUGGACAAGCAUUAUACCCUUUUACAAUAAAGUUAUCGGGUUAAUUGCAUUUGAACAGCAAAAUAGGAAAAAUUGGAUUAGUAGCCAGAUAUUUUCUGUCAAAGAGCCUAAAAAAAGCAUGCUCGAGUCAUAUCUUGCAGGAUGACUAAGUGUGUCUAAUCAGAAUUAACCAUCGUCACCUUGUUUUUUAUUCUUCAGCCUUACAGCAAAAAACAAAAGACUCCCACCGUUGUCUUAUCUCGCAGCUGAUGAGCUUUUUGUAGACGCGUCUUGAAAUGCUUCACACGCAUUCAAUUCAGUAGUUAUCAGUUAAAGUGUCAAUUCCAUAAAUUAAAUGUAUCCUUUUUAUCAUUAAACGGUCUAAAACAAUAGUCUCGUACUUGUUUAUCAGACAUGUGUAUAGAAUUACUGCGAUUAGUUUUGAUUCUCAGAUCCGAGCCCGAUCUGUUAUAGAAAACGGGUAUUGAUGACGGGUGAUAUAAGUUCGUAUCAUCGCCUUAUUUCGGAUAGGUCAAGACCUCCCCGAAAUUAUUUUUCCGUCCCUUUGUUUACAAUGAUCCGGUUCUGGCCAUCUUUGACUAGAUUUCAUCUUCUUAUGAAUCAAUUUAUAAAUGAUUUGGUUUGAAUUUAAUUUAUACAAAGCCUCGGCGCUCACGGCUUUGAUGACAAAUGGGGUUUUUUUCCUUAUAAACUCAAUGACACCCUUUGGGCAAGUAGAUGGACGUAAGAUUUCAAUUAUUUGAAUUUCAAAAAUUUCCUUUUUGUAAAUGUUUCCCUUUUAUCUUGUAAUAUAACGGUUAAUAAUAUUAAGAUAAUCGGAUUCUCGGUUAAAAAGGAAUUCAAAUUAGAUGGAGUUAGAGAGAUUUAGUACACAGAUACACUGAAACAGGUAUCAAAAGUCUUUGCGAAUGAUGAAGCAUUUGCUGGUAAAAUUGUGAAAGAAGUAUUACUAUAAUUGACAAUACGAUGAUACGAGGAUUAAAUGUUGUUAAAGAUAUUUAUCGUGCUAAAAGCGCCGAGUGCCUUGUGCUCGAGUACCGCAUCAAUACACCAGCGGGGUCGUCCAUUGGAUAGUAAAUAGAUAGGGGGCGUGACCAAGCCAUGAAAUUGCAGUGCAACAAAAAGUUUGAUAAUGAGGAGAGAACUUUGAUGUGUGGACAGUUGUGUUUUCCUUAGGUUUUACUGUCUUCAAUAUGUGAUUAUCUUGUACAAUAGAAAGGAAGGCAGCCGUUGAUUUUUAGAGAGAAGUAUCGUCGUAAUUUUAGUCCUGCGAGAGGAAAUUCAACAGCUAACUGAAGUGAAAUAGUAUGGUUUGUGUUAGUGCCUCCAUGUGUUCGAAAAAAUCAUACCAUCAAUGUCAUUGAAAAUGGAUCAAAAGUGACAGCAUUACAAUAAAAUACCAAUUAAUCAUCUCAUUAUCGGAGAAGGAAGUUAAAGAAGGAACUGGCGAAACAUGGUUUAAUUUUUACGUUUUGAAUCUGUGUGAGUUAACAAAAUGUGGAGGUGUUCCGUGUUUAUGUCGAUUUUCCUCCUUGUUACCUGUCAUGGACGAGAAAUUAUCUACAGCAUCGAUGAGGAGAUUCCUAAUGGAACUUACAUUGGUAACGUUGCGAUGGAUUCUAACCUGAUGUCAGAGAUGACUCCGAGUGAUUUCCGAACCCUUCGUUACAGUAUUUUAUCAGGGGAUAGUUACGUAUCAUUGUUCACCAUAAAUCAGACUUCAGGUAAUCUGUACACUGCUCAGGUAGUCGACCGUGAACAAGUGUGUCGCUUUUCAACAGUUUGUAAAAUAUCUUUGGAAGCCGCGGCACAAUCCAGCAUACGCAGUUUUUUCACUAAGAUUCUGUUGACGAUCUACAUACAAGACAUCAAUGAUCAUUCUCCUGUUUUCCCAAGAAGUUCCAUGCGACUGGACAUCCCAGAGUCCACACUCAUCGGAAACUCCUUUACAAUUGACGGUGCCAAAGAUGCAGAUACUAGCCCUAACUACACACUAAACUCCUACACGUUAGAACAAACCAAUUCACCCUUUUCCCUUAGCUUUGUCAAGAAUUUAGACGGUACAUCCAUUGUGAAGUUAGUCGUUGAUAAAGCGCUUGAUAGAGAAGUUCAAGACUCCUAUAACCUCAUUGUCAUUGCCUCUGACGGCGGCAAUCCCCCAAGGUCAGAAAAGUUACUCGUGAAUGUCAGGAUUACGGACGUCAAUGACAACGCGCCAAUGCUCAGCAGCACAAUCUACAACGUGUCCGUAAAGGAAGAUAUUGCUGUCGGAAGUGUAAUCCUCACCUUGUCCGCAACCGACCUUGACACUGGAAAAAAUGCAGAUAUCAGGUAUCGUCUAAGUUCGCAUCAGUCCGAAAACAUUAAACAACUGUUCGCAAUAAAUGAAACUACUGGUGAGUUAAGUGUUGCAAAGACUUUACCUUAUAAUGAUGGGAACCCCUAUAGAGUGAUCGUAGAAGCUAGCGAUUUAGGGGAUCAGCCUCUAACGACCCAGACCUCCGUCAAGGUCACUGUCAUCGAUUCCGGAAAUAAUCCUCCAGAAAUACACGUCACUCUUCUUCCAACGUCUGAUGUUGCGCGGAUUUCUGAGGAUACCUCCGUUGACGCCGCGAUAGCUCAUGUUGUUGUCAUUGACAGCGAUUCCGGCAUGAAUGGUUACGUCACGUGCACGCUAGAUAACUCGUACUUCAGAAUAGACAGACUUGAAGUCAAUGAGUACAAAGUUACUGUUGCGCAACCUCUAGACCGCGAAACAUCGCCAAAUCAUACGAUAACAAUUGUGUGCUCGGACUCUGGGAACCCUCCAUUGACCUCAACACAUACAUUUAAAGUUAUCAUUCUGGACUCAAAUGACAAUGCACCAAAGUUCAGUUCAAAUAUAUAUCAAGGAAGUAUUCCAGAAAAUAAUCGCAAAGGAGCUCAAGUUAUCCGAGUACAGGCAACUGAUGCAGACGAGGGUAUAAACGGUGAAGUGCGGUAUCAACUCCUGUCUAGUAACGAGACCUUGCAAUAUCAGCUGGCAAUAGACGCUGUCACAGGCAGUGUUACGACAGGGAUUUCAUUUGACCGGGAAAUCAUUCCGUCUUUCGUAUUCAAAAUCAUUGCAUCUGACAAAGGAUCUGAACCUCUGUCUGCAACCGCAACUGUGAUGGUCAAGGUCAUUGACGAAAACGAUGUUGCCCCAACCUUUCUUGAAAACAUGUUUCUAUUCAAAGUCUCGGAGCAAAAACCACCAGGAACGACUGUUGGUAGACUCAUGGCUGGAGACCUUGAUGAAGGAGUGAAUAAAGAGUUUGAGUUUUAUGUUGAGAGUGGCACUCAGCCGUUUAAUGUCACCAAAGAUGGUGUCGUCUUAACAACUAGGUCAUUAGACCGAGAAUCGCAGGAGAUAUUUGAAUUCGCAGUUUUUGUUGCUGACAAAGGUCAACCUCCAAAAUCUAGCUCAGCUCGAGUAAAAGUUACAGUUGCUGAUGAGAAUGACAACAGUCCAAGAUUCCUCUUCCCAACGAGUACUAACAAUUCGGUCCUAGUAUCCCAAAACAUCAAACCAGGAACAAUAAUCGCACGCUUGCGGGCUAGAGACCCAGACAAAGAACAGAACGGUCAGAUAACUUAUGGCAUCGAGGGCACAAACUUUUCUGAAGUUCUCUAUGCCAACAUUGAUACGGGUGAUAUAAUUGCCAAGAAAGCACUCGAAGAAUACUCUGGUCAGACUUUUAGUCUUGUGGCUGUUGCUAGGGAUCGUGGACUGGUGUUUCAAAUAAGUCGAAUGGAGUUCUUUGUCAAGGUUGCUGGUGCUGAAUCUCUGGCCUCUAACAGCCAAACUAACAUUACUAUAGUGAUUGUAUUGGUGACCGUGACCCUAGCUCUCUCUGGCUUCAUUAUUUUGACAAUCUGUAUAAUUCGAUGGCUGGACAAUAACCGUAAGGACCCAAGGGAAAUAAUGAAAGUAGAAAAGACAUUCUCUUCUCCGAGUGAUACCAAGGAGAUAGAUCAUAAGUUAUCAAUCGCAAAUCGAUAUAUCGAAGGAGCAGACGAUCCUUGUUCAAUGAAGAAAGUGCCGAAUCACCACCGAUAUAUAGAUUCACUAGACGUCGACAGACGACACAAGAGCCAAGUGACCUUUGCCCCAGAUAUUAAGGACGAAGAGACCAGUCUUAGUGUUCCUAAUCCAGUCUAUGGGGAACAUCUCCCAAACUUUCCCAGACAUCAGACGGAGGAUAACCAGAGUAACUGUUCCAUGAACUCAACUAAUAGUGACAGUGGGCGGGGCUUGAGUGAUGACGAGGCACGUGAUGGCAUAGGGAGAGGGAUGCUGUAUCACAGUAGAAAAGGAAAAUUUAGAAGCAGUAUGCCUUCUCCAAUUAAUAUUCUUCAUCAGGAGAGGUCGACAAACUUUUUUCCUGAUAGGACAUCGCCUUUAUCUCCUAUAAACCUUCCUGCCCGGGCGGGAAGUUCACAUGGAAGUAGUUUUAAAUACCAGUGUCGCCAAAAUACGAACUUCGACGUUCAUCAUACAUUUAGUUUCCAUGAAAAGCCCCGACUUCAAGAACAAGACAGUGAUGGAACUUCCGGAAUCCAUACAAUGGAGGAAAUUCCUUCCCCACAUUUUUCUGGCAACGUCGUUUAGAACGUUUCCAAACAAAGCAUGUCUGUGAUAUUUCUAUAUUUGACUGAGUUGUUGAUUGUGAACUUAGCUAGCUAGAACGUCGUAACCUUCAGCCACCCAGUGGAUCUUGCUGUAUCGGAACUAGCCAAAGAAUUAAACACCACACAAAGUGCAAUAUACCUUUACAUUUAUUCAUUUGAUUCCCGUUGGGAGGAUUUUGAUGUCACAUGGCUGCAGGACAGAUUUGCAUACUAAUGACCCGGAAAGGAAUCCGUAUCCAGUUCUGAACCCGAUUCCUUAUUAGCAGCUCUCGGAAUUUGCCAAUUAGACCCCCGGGCUGUCAUUACCGAUAGAAAAGCAGAUUUUAUGUUGUCUCUGGUCGCCGUUACAGCAGUUCCAUCACGUUAAUAAUCGUCUGCUUCUGAAGACUCUCAGGAAUCCGCCAAAGUGUCAAUUCUAGUUCAUCGUCAAGUACUGUCCUCCAAGGUUCAAUAGUUCUGGACUUGGUGUAAAUCAGGUCUAAUUUAUGUCACUGUGCAUCAUUAUAAUCUUGUCGCAUUGUCUGUGAUAUUAAUAAAGGGAUUAAAAACUUG